UGUUCUAUUGUCAUUUCUGAAACGGUGCUGUGAAAGUUUAUUUAUCGGUGUAAAAGCUUCUGUGUAACAUUGUUUCUGGUAAAAGAACAGUCUUCUUUUUCGAAAAUUUAAUUUUGUCGUUUCGUUAGACAACAAGCAUUUUAUUGAUAUCUAACCAUGCAGUCCAUUCUACCUAUGCGUGUUCUGAUUGCAAUAUUUUUCUUACUCACGCUAACACAUGCAUCGAAUUCUUGGCAGCGACCUCAACGCAAUGAUGAAUCUUCAGUUGCUGAUGCAGUUAAAUAUCUACAAGAAUUGGACAAUUAUUAUUCGCAUUUAUCACGUCCAAGAUUUGGCAAACGAAACAAUGACAUGCAUAAUAUAAUCGAAAACAAGGACAUCAAUGACGGCGAGGAUGAAUGGCAAGCUCAUUCGCAACUUGGCGAAAGAUAGAUUAAUCAAUUUAUUUAUCUCCUCAUAAUCUCGUGAAUAUAAUGAAUUUCAUUAUGUACUUAAUUAACUAUAUCUACAACAAUGGAAUAUUCAUGUUAAGUGAGAUCAAAAUAUUUGCACAAUUUUCUUCUUCAAAUCUAAUUUCCAUAUUUAUUUGAUUACAUGAUGCAAUUUGUAAUUUUAUUUUUUGUAUGUAAAUAAACUAAACGAAUAAGUCAA